AAAUUGAAAAGUAAGAAUAAUAUCACUCUCGAUCGACCGCGCACGCCACAAGAUUACGUAACAGACACUUUAACAGCUGUAUGAUGCCAGUAGUACCUGGAGGGGCCUACCAACAAGGACCAACUUGUUUCGAUAGAAUGAAAUUAGGUUUCACAAUUGGAUUUUGCGUAGGAAUGGCCUCUGGUGCGCUCUUUGGAGGAUUUUCUGCUCUUAGAUAUGGACUAAGGGGAAGAGAAUUGUUAAACAGCGUUGGCAAGGUAAUGCUUCAAGGUGGCGGCACAUUUGGUACAUUCAUGGCUAUCGGAACAGGGAUACGAUGUUAAUACACGAGUCAACGUGAAUGGAGCUAUGUUAUUGAGUAUCUCGCAGCCUAUAUUUUUCGUUGCACUGUUUGUAUUGUAAGCGCGAGUUAUUAAGUCUUUAAUAAAAAUAGAAUUAAGGAU